CCGGUGACACGGAGGAUCUGUGGCGGAGAUUUCAACCUCACGACGUCAUUCACGAGACAAGAAAGCUCCAAAACCCAACCGAAAAAAGUCAAAACCCCGUAGAUUCCCCACGCGACUCCCACCCUCCGAUCAUCAUCCGACGGCCCGCGUUCUGUCUCUAACAGACCCCGCCUCCUCCACAAACAAACUUCUAUAACCCCACGCACACGCAGAGUCACACUCACAGUCACUCACAGACAGAUCUCCGCCUCCAACACCACAUGGCGUCGAUCGCUCUCACCUCCUCACUCUCCUUAGCUCCUCCCUCCCUCCCUUCCCUCCGCUCCCGCAAACCCACUCGCUUCGCCGCUCAAUUCCGCUCCAUCUCCACCCCUUUCCAUUUCUCACGGCAACCCAAUUCCCUUUCUCUAUCCAAAUCCGCUUCCACUUCCCUAUUCCAAACACGCCCUAACCCUAACCGUAACCAAUCCAAUGACACUAAAUUUACCGUCAGAUCCGCCGCUAGUGGUGGCGCGUCCGUGGCUGCGAAGCCUCCGUCUCCGCCGUGGCAAGGCGCCGCUAUUAAGCCGCUGCUGGCUUCGAUUGCGACGGGAGUUAUCCUCUGGCUCGUGCCGGUUCCGUCGGGAGUAUCGCGCAACGCCUGGCAGUUGCUCGCUGUCUUCCUCGCCACCAUCGUCGGGAUCAUCACGCAGCCCUUGCCGCUCGGCGCCGUGGCUCUGAUGGGCCUGGGCGCUUCGGUGCUGACCAAGACGCUCACCUUCUCCGCUGCAUUCUCGGCCUUCGGCGACCCGAUCCCCUGGCUCAUCGCGCUCGCUUUCUUCUUCGCGCGCGGGUUCAUCAAGACCGGGUUGGGGAACCGAAUCGCGUACCAGUUCGUGUCCUUGUUUGGGAGCUCGUCGUUGGGGUUAGGGUACAGCUUGGUGUUCAGCGAGGCGCUCUUGGCGCCGGCGAUUCCGUCUGUUUCGGCGAGGGCCGGCGGGAUCUUCCUCCCGCUCGUGAAGUCGCUGUGCGUCGCGUGCGGUAGCAACGUCGGCGACGGGACCGAGGAGCGGCUGGGGUCGUGGCUGAUGCUCACGUGCUUCCAGACCUCGGUGAUCUCGUCGGCAAUGUUCCUGACGGCAAUGGCAGCGAACCCGCUGGCCGCGAACCUCACAUUCAACACGAUCAAGCAGACGAUCGGGUGGACCGAUUGGGCCAAGGCGGCGAUCGUGCCCGGCUUGGUGUCGUUGAUUGUGGUGCCGUUUCUUCUCUACGUGAUUUACCCGCCGACGGUGAAGAGCAGCCCUGACGCGCCGAAAUUGGCAAGGGAGAAGCUGGCGCAGAUGGGUCCGAUGUCUAAGAACGAGAUUAUUAUGGCUGGGACUCUGCUUCUUACGGUGGGACUCUGGAUUUUUGGCGGGAAGCUGAAUGUGGAUGCCGUCACUGCUGCCAUUCUUGGACUAUCGAUCCUCCUGGUGAGUGGGGUUGUGACAUGGAAGGAGUGCUUAGCCGAAUCAGUUGCCUGGGAUACCCUUACGUGGUUUGCUGCCCUCAUUGCAAUGGCUGGGUAUCUCAACAAAUAUGGUCUCAUCUCCUGGUUCAGCCAAUCUGUAGUCAAGUUUGUUGGUGGAUUGGGUCUUUCAUGGCAGCUAUCUUUUGGCAUUCUGGUCCUUCUCUAUUUCUACUCUCACUACUUCUUUGCAAGCGGAGCUGCUCACAUUGGUGCCAUGUUUACAGCCUUCCUAUCUGUUGCCAGUGCCCUUGGCACUCCACCAUACUUUGGAGCCAUGGUGCUCGCCUUCCUCUCAAACCUCAUGGGUGGCCUUACCCACUAUGGCAUUGGGUCAGCUCCAGUUUUCUAUGGUGCCAACUAUGUCCCUCUUGCCAAAUGGUGGGGCUACGGAUUCCUCAUUUCUGUUGUCAAUAUUAUCAUCUGGCUCGGAGUUGGAGGGAUUUGGUGGAAGUUCAUUGGCUUGUGGUAAAGGAGCCGGUCGUCAGAAUUUGCCGACCCCAACCCUAGUAAUUUCUGAUUUUUUGUUCACCCUCAGGUGCAAUUUUCCCACUUUGAUGUUGAUUUUCAUUUUUGAUUGCAUAUCUUAGAAAUAAUCUUUUGGUUGCUUUGGCGGACAGACCUUAGGGGGGAAAAUGGUAUACAGACGAGGUCCAUUUAGAAAUUAGAAUCUGUAUCUGAAAAUUUUGAUGUGGCAUGCAAUUGCCUGCAAUUUAUGAACAAGUGAUUACUUGGAUCAUCAUAGAAUAAAUCUCUCUUCCUGCAAA